UCAAACUAGCUUGUCACAUACUCAACCCACGAGAACAGACACAAUGUCCGAAGGUCCAGUCGUAAAUGGCCUUUUCCGCCAUAACAACACUACUCCUCCAGUCCAGGACAGUGUUAUGGCCCUCUUCUCCCUAAAAGGGAAAACUGCAGUCGUCACCGGCGCAGCAUCCGGAAUCGGUUUGAGCGUCGCACAUGCACUCGCGGAGGCAGGCGCCAAUGUUGCAAUUUGGUAUAACAGAAAUAGCAAAGCCGUUGAGGAGGCCGCAAAUAUCGAGACCAAGUACGGCGUUAAGUGCCGCGCAUACCAAGUAAACAUCCGCGAAAGUGAAAAGGUCGAAGAGCUAUUAAAUACUUGUGUCCGCGAGCUCAACGGUCGUCUAGACAUUUUCAUCGCCAACUCCGGAAUUCCGUGGACUCAGGGUCCCAUGAUCGAUGCGCCGCUUGACCACUACAGGGACGUGACGCAAACAGAUCUAGACGGAACAUUCUAUUGUGCCAGAGCCGCCGGCGCUCAUUGGAGAAGGCAGAAGACCGAGGGUACAGACAUCUUUGGCAACCCUCUAGAAAGCUUCACAUAUGGUAGCUUCGUUGCGACUGCUUCCAUGAGCGGCCAUAUCGUCAACAUCCCGCAACUCCAGGCUGCAUAUAAUGCGGCUAAAGCCGGAGUGAUCCAUUUGUGCAAAUCACUUGCGGUGGAAUGGGUUCAAUUUGCGCGUGCCAACACAGUCUCGCCUGGGUAUAUUAUUACUGAUAUUUCGACAUUUGUGCCCGACGAAACAAAGGAUAUUUGGAAAGGUAAAAUCCCAAUGGGUCGGGAAGCUCUGCCGCAUGAGCUCAAAGGUGCCUAUUUAUAUCUAGCUUCAGAUGCUUCAAGUUAUACGACCGGGGCCGAUCUUGUCGUAGAUGGAGGUUACACCUUACCCUGA